AUGGAGGAAACGAAAGUGAAACGAACAUGCCUCGAACGUACUGUAUGUUCUUCAAAAGCUAAAGAGGAUUUGAUAAGCCAGUUACCUGACUCUUUGAUAACUCAGAUACUCUUUUAUCUUCAGACAAAGAAAGCUGUUACGACUAGUGUUUUGUCCAAGAGAUGGAGAAGUCUAUGGCUUUCGACUCCCGGGUUGGUUUUGAUCUCUAAUGACUUUACAGAUUACAAUGCUUUUGUGAGCUUUGUGGACAAGUUCCUAGGUUUCUCUAGGGAACAGAAGUUAUGCUUGCACAAGCUCAAGCUAAGCAUUCGUAAGGGUGAGAAUGAUCAGGAUUGUGUCACACGUUGGAUAGAUUUUGUGGCUACGCCUAAACUUAAGCAUCUUGAUGUUGAGAUUGGUCCUACGAGGUGUGAGUGUUUUGAAGUGAUACCCUUAAGCCUUUAUAGCUGUGAGUCACUCCUUUACUUAAGACUAAAUCAUGUAUGCUUGGGUAAGUUUGAGUCUGUUUCUUUACCAUGUCUCAAGACAAUGAGCUUAGAACAAAACAUAUAUGCUAACGAGGCGGAUCUAGAGUCUCUUAUCUCAACUUGUCCUGUUCUUGAAGAUUUGAGCUUUGUGAGUGGGGCAUAUGAUAAAGUAAACGUUUUACGAGUGCAAUCUCAGACAUUAACCAGUCUCAAUAUAGAAGGUUGUGUUGAGUAUUUGGAUCUUGACAAGUCUGAGGUUUUGAUUGAUGCCACUAGACUCAAGUAUUUGAAUCUUGAAGCUGAUCAAUAUGAGAGUAAAACCAUAAGAAACUCUGGCUCUUUAACCAAGGUCAAUCUUCUUGGCUAUUUUCAUAUGAAGAAUAAUGAUGAUGAUGAUGAAGUCGACUUACAAAAGCGAGAUAUGGUACAUAAUUUUUUCACCAGUAUAUCGGGAGUCAGCGAUAUGAAAAUCUCUUCCCAAGCGUUCGCGUUGUUCAUCAUGAAUACCAUGCCAUUUUCACCCAAAUUUUGCAACUUGUCCUGUUUGGAAGUAGAAAUUUUCUUACCCUCACUGGAAACGCUGCCAACGUUUCUUGAAAGCUUUCCAAAUCUCAAGUCCCUAAUCUUGGGGUUACGUUAUUGGACUCCGAAAAAAGAAUUAAGACUCUCGUUUGUGCCUCGGUGUUUACUGUCAUCGCUCGAGUUUGUAGAGAUAAAAGGAUGCAGUAGAAGUAACAUGGAACGAGUAAAGUACGUUGGAGAACCUAUUGAAACGAAACUAGCAAGAUACUUUGUAGAGAACUCAACAAUCCUCAAAAAACUUGUUCUGCCUUUGAGAUCUUCCACGCCAGAAGAAAUAUAUUCCGUCGACUUCUGGAAUUUCCUUGAAUUUCCUAGAAGAUCUAGCAUUUGUCAAAUCACAUAUGUCGCUGGCCUCUAA